UUUGCAACAUACGUAUAAUAAGUACAAACACGUGUUUAACUGCUUACAGUUAAUAGUUAUAUUUAAAUAUUUAAAUAUUUAAGAUAAAGCAAUUAAUAAAAAAUGGCAGAAUUCGUAGAAAAAGGAUGCGAGGAAAUGAUUCCUGAAUUGGAACAAAUGAAAAGGAUUAAACUUUUUGAUGAUAGUGAAAUCCGAAAAAUAAUAAAAAAUUUAAAAGAUCACGAAUACAAAAUAGGAAGGCUUAUUAAAAGCAAGGAUGAUUUUUUAUCAUAUUUUUCUUAUCUUAUGGUAGUGCUGAAUCUUGUAAAACAACGGAGACUGAAACUGGGAAUUAAGGAAAAACAAGCUGGUAUAGAUUAUGCUAUUAUUAAAAAAAUUAAACAAUUAUACAAGAGAUCAAGGAUGAGGUUUCAAAGUGACUUGAGUUUUUGGGUGGAUCUUAUGAAACUUAGUAAAAUAGAGAAUUUUCAAUAUCAUUUACCUGGAAUCGCUGAUAGAAUGCUUAAAGUUCAUCAAGAUAAACCAAGAUGUUGGCAUAUUUCAGCUCAGUGGCACAUGAAAGAAACUAGAGAUAUUGAAAGAGCUAGAAAACAAUUACUAAAAGGGCUACACUUUCAUCCUAAAGCACAAAUAUUAUAUAAAGAUCUUUUAGAAUUAGAAUUAUACGAAGCCUGUUCAAAUGAACAAGAUACACCUGUUGAACUAAAACAUGGUGAAUUAGUAUAUCAACAAGCACGGAAGCAUAUUAAAGAUAUUAAUUUCACCAUCGAGUUAUUGGACAUUGCUUCCAAAUUCAACAAGACGAAAAAUUUACAGAAAAUAAUAAUGGAUGAUUUGGUUGAAAAUUUCUCGGACGAGCCUAAAGCGUGGGACAAGCGGGCAAGAAGACUAUUUAAAGGUUUAAGUUAUGAGUCUUUUCCUCAAGACAAUGUUGAUGAUGUUAAAAAGUCCGAAAAAAAUAGUUUAAGGGAUUAUCUUAACUCUGCUAUUGAAAUAUAUGAAUCUGCGGUUAAACUUAUACCUACUAAACCAAUGUGGUCUUUAUACAUAAAUUUUUUACUUGAAAUUGGUAAAGACAGUUGUACUUUGCCAAAUUAUAAAAGCAAGCUUUUGAAGAAUGCUUUAACGAAAGGUCAUCAUCAAAAUAAUUUGGAAGAAAAGUACUAUUGGCUUUGGAUAAAAGUAUUUGAAAAUAACAAAAACAAUUCGGAAAAACUUAAUAAAAUUCUUAGCAGUGCGACAGAAGCUCAUCCAGAGAGUGUUGAACUUUGGAAACAAAAAUUAAAUUACUUAUUUUUUAAUUCCAACCAAGAAGAUUUGGCUCUUUCAGAAUUCGAUAAGGCUAAAAAAAUAUUAAAGAACAAAGCAUUACCCUUGUGGGAGAUAAAAUUACUUUACAUUAAUGAAAAACACCCAGAACAAUUAGAAGAAUUUUAUCUAACUGCAUUAAAAGAAGCUCCAGAAAUAUCCUUAAAAUUUAAGCCCGCUUACAUUAAAUGGGUUGCCGCAACUAAAGGUAUUAAAAAAGCUCGUCAUAUCUACAAGAAAUUAAGUAUUGAGCCUCCAUUUUGCUUAGAACUUGACAACGAAAUGUCCAACAUCGAACUUAAUCAACCAGUAAUUAGUAGACAAAAUGCCCGACAUCCUUAUGAAAUGGCGGUAAUUCAAUUUGGUAAAAACAACGUCGACGUUUGGAUUAAUUACAUUAUCUUUGAGAUGAACCAUGGUGAUGUUAUAAAUAUUGCAAACAUUUAUCAAAGGGCAGUAAAAACUUUGAAUACUGUAGAUUCAGAUAAUUUUAUAUCCAGGUUUACUUUAUUGAAAGCCAAUUCAGAGCAUAUGGACAAUGACGAUUAUUAUUAAAAAAAAAAAAAAAAAAAAAAAAAAAAAAAAAAUUAAUUUAAUAAUUCCAAUACGCAUAAGUGAUAUUUUUAUAUAUUUUAAAACCCGCGUAACCACAACAGAAUAAACCGAGUGGAUAAUCAUUGUAGCAUUGAAGCAUUGCGUAAAUAUAUUAAUAAAAAUUUUGCAUGUAAAAUUUGAA